AACAUCGGGCUGUUAAACCCAAAUAAAAGGAGCCAGUGAAGAUUCUGGCGUUUUCUUCCUUCAUCUUGUAAAAGAAGACGGAAAACAAACAAAGCUGUAAAAACUGCUGCUUAUAUUCUCGCUCCAUCCGCGCUCCGCCAGCUGCCGCAUCGUUGUGCGUCUUUUAGAGCUGCCCGCUUUCCAAGACGGCGGCAUGUUGUUGCAUUGACGUCAAAAAGGAGCGGGCUGGACGUAUAAAACCCCGCAGACCUCUGGAGCCGCGGCUCACAGGACUUUCCAGAAUCAGACCAGACAACUCUGAAAAGUUCAGCUGCAUCAACUGACGAAAAUCAAGACAUGAAGCCGGUCCCCCUCCUGCUGCUCCUCUCCUCGGUCCUCCUCUCGUCACACCCCCGCCCCGCCGCCGGCAGACCGCGCUCUUUCCCCGGCUGGCUGGAUGGCACCAGCCGCCUCCAGACGCAGCAGGUGGACGAUGUUCUCCUCAGGGCGGCCACGGAAGGCGCCGCCUCGGAUCUGGUGGGCGACCACCUGCUGCGGCUGCUCCAGCGGAGGGACCCGGACCGCCUCCACCUGCUGCUGCCGGAAGUUGACGGCGCGGAGGAGGAGGAGGACGAGGCGCUGCGGACCGCGGAGCAGCUGCUGAAGCGCAGCGAGGAGCCGCCGCUCUCCAUCGACCUGACCUUCCACCUGCUGAGGAAUAUGAUCCAGAUGGCCAAGAUGGAGAGCCAGCGGGAGCAGGCUCAGCUCAACCGCAAGGUGCUCGACGAGGUGGGGAAGUGAAGCUUCCCGGGGAUUCCUCCAUGGCAGAGUCCAAAACCUCUGAGAUGAUGCGCCUGCCUUCCCCACUGGCAACAUUUUACGCACACAUGGUGCCAUUUUACGCAUGUGGUUUUUGUUUGUUUUUAUUGAAGAACGGUGACGGAAAACACGGAACUUCUCAGACGCCCUCAUUCCCAUCAAUCCCCGCUAAACUGAACUGUAGUGGAUCUGCUUAUAAAGAGGAAACCAUCCGACGUCCUUCCGUCUGUUUUCAAUGUUGUCAUUUGGAAAUCAGCUGUUCUUUGAAUCCGUGCCUAAAACAAACAGAGGAUUGAUGAAUGAGGGUGUGAAUGGUACCACAAAUAGUUCUGAGACAGACAGGAACAGUUUUUAUUUUCUGUCCAAACAAAACUGUCUGGAAAAGAUUCACAUUCCAAAAAUUACUAAAUAAAGUUAAGAAACAUAAAUACUUUUAACUUAUUUAGAUGAAACCACUUCUGAUUGGGGAUGAAACUAUUAAUCGUGUUGAAUCUCUUAUUGAAAUAACCGUCAACUGAUCGAUUAAUCGUUAAUUGGAGUAGACUAUUUGCUUAAAAAGCAACAUAUUUAGAGCAGUAAUCAAGC